UUACUUCGAAACUUCCUCACACCUCUCGUUUACAAAGUAGAGUGUGAACACUGUCUUUAACAGCACAGAUUAUCUUGCCCAGAAAAGAUGUCUUUCUUCAGGAAAUUCUACCAAAAUAUCAUUCAUGACAGAAACCCUGACAAUGACACAAUUAAAGUUAAAGGGAAAGUGACGCCUGUGUUUUACGGAACAGUGGCCCCGUACCCCGACUUCAAUGCAAGCAAAGAUGCUGCAGUUCUACAGAGUGGCAUUCAGAGUAAAGGAGUGGAUGAGGAUGUGAUCAUUUCAGUCUUGGUCAAAAGAAACAAUGAGCAGAGACAGAAGAUCAAAGUCGUUUAUGAGGCUUCCACCGGCCAGUCACUGAAUCGAGCGCUGAAGUCUGCGCUCAGGUCAGAUUUGGAGGACAUCUCUUUGGCCUUAUUGAUGCCGCCAGCUCACUUUGAUGCCUACUUGAUCAGAGAUGCGACAAAGAGACUGGGCACAGAUGAAGAUGUCCUAGUAGAGGUUCUGGCAACCAGGUCAAAUGAAGAGCUCCGAGAGUUGAAGAGAGUCUAUAAAGAAGAGUACGGGGAUGACCUGGAGGAUGUUAUUAAGGAUGAAACGAGGGGUGACUUCACCACAGCCCUUCUGGCUAUGUUGAAGGCAAACAAAGAUGAGAGCACAGAAGUUGACAUGGCUCUGGCCCAAAAGGAUGCAGAGACUCUGUUCGAAGCCGGCGAGAAUACAAAAGGAGUCGAAGUCUCCGCCUUCGUCGACAUCCUGACCACACGCAGCGGACCUCAACUCUCCAAAACAUUCCAGAGGUACGCCUGUGUCAGCGACAUGACGCUACCUAAAGCUCUGAACGUUGAGCUGCGGGGAGACAUUGAAGAUUGUCUCAUUGACAUUGUGAAAUGUGCAUGGAGCACACCGGCAUUCUUUGCUGAGAAGCUCCAUCGAGCUAUGGAGCGCCAUGGCACGUGUGAAGAUACGCUGAUCAGGGUGAUGGUUAGCCGCUCGGAGGUCGACCUGAAGAAGAUCUUGGAAGAAUACAGGGCCAUGUAUGACUCAACGCUACAGGAGGACAUACUGAAAGACACAGAGCAUCACUUUGAGAACAUCCUCCUUGGACUGUGUGGACCGCACUGAGAAACCACCUCACUGGGAUUUUAGUCAGAGGUCUUACAUCUUUAUAUUAGUGGACAUGACAUCAUCAUUGAAUUUUAUUUCGUCGAUGCAUUAAUAAAGUCGGUAACCAGUAAUAAUAGCAGACACGACGUAGUUUUACCAUGCUGUAUGUUUACUAAGACAAAAGAUAAAAAGGGAGAAGAUUUAAGAUUGUCAAUUCCUAAUCAAAAUGUUCAUACUUUUUUAUUUUUGAUUUUUUUGUUCGAAUCUAUAAAUUCUCAACAUAAACUUCUUUCUCCAAAAUAAAAUACAUUGGUUGCUGUGCA